CUCUGCUUCCACGCCAACUCCCCCCUUCACCCCCUGCUCUAGCGACUUCCCUCCGUCCACGUCCCCCGCCCCCACAUACACACCCUCUGCUACAACGCGGACCACCCAACACUCCCUGUUUCCGCCCGAAACCCCCAUCCCCCUGCUUCGUCUGGAAAACCACCCCCCCCCCCCUUCCUCCUCCACUGCCACUGCUCUGGCUGCCCACUCCACACCCUCCAAAUUCAUCAGCCAUCAUCCUGCAGCUCAUCGUCGUAGGUGAUUUGCAUAGGAUUCAAUUUCCAGAUAAGCGGUGGAGGUGAUGUUUCUUGCUGCAGUGCCGUCUUUGCUGCUGCGGUAGAAUUUCCCAUGGUUUCCCCAAAAGAAGUGUUUGCGAUUUCUCCUGUAACGAUUGUGGCAAGUGCCAUUUUCUCUCCCUCUCCAACUUCUCGUUUCAGGGUUUUAUAGGGUUUUCAGGAUCAUCGAAAUACUUGUUAUACCCUUCGCAUUUGGUGCUGGAGAGAAUCUCACUCUCUCUCAUCACUAUACGGGAUUGCUGAUGGAUACUUAUUAAGGAGUAGUCUAUUUGGAUGGUAUGGAUGAAGGAUUGGGUGAGGAACUGGCUCCAGUUGAUGUGGCAGGGGGGGCACACCUUCAUAACAAAGAGAAUGAAUAUUCCCUGAAACCACCUGAAAGCUCCAACAUAUUGGAAUCUCAUGAUAUGGUUACACCUUGCGAGGCUGAGAGCUCAUUCCACAUACUUGCAGAUAUUUUGGAUUCCAAUAAUUUAAAUAGGGUAAACCCUGUAGAUGCAUGUGAACAGCCAUGUGCUAGCCCUUGUUAUAUGCAUGAUGUUGGGAACAUGGUUGAAGAAUUAAUGGUGACAAAUUAUGAUGAUUCAAACUUCGCUAUAGUUGGAACAUCGAACAACAGAGAAAGAAUGCAAGCUAGGCAGAGUCAGUGGCAGCAUUUUUAUCAUCCUGAAGGUGAAUCAGGAAUUGGGAGCUCACGUACCAAUACCUUAUGCAGGGACAAUGUUCAGGGAAUGUCAAGUGGCAGGGAACAUGUGAGGUAUGCAUCUUCCCCUAUGUUUUUGGGCCACAAAACAUCAAACGAUGGCUACAAUGAAGGGAUGGAGCAACCAAAUGUUGAACAUAAAGAGGAUUCACACAAUAUGAUCUCUCAUGGUGGUAUUCGGACAAAGAUUCUAACAAAAUCAGGAUUCUCAGAAAUUUUUAUAAAAAAUACAUUGAAGGGUAAGGGGAUCAUUUUUAGAGCUCCACACCAUGAAAGUCCAAGAUUUGUGCCAAAAGAUGAGAAUAAUGGAAAGGCUGCUACUGGUAAUUUGGAAGCUUCUAACUCUUUGCUGACUUUAGGUGCAAAAACAGCAAUGCAUUCUUCCUUUGGUAUUGCUGGGCCAAGGCCUGCUGGUUCUGAUCAUGAAGGAGUUGCUUUGCGACAUUGGUUGUGUGCACGACAUAAAGUGAAUAAAGUUGAGUGCUUGCAUAUAUUUAGACAGAUUGUUGAUCUAGUGGAUAAUUCUCACUCACAAGGUGUUGCCUUGGGUGGCUUACGGCCUUCAUUCUUCAAGUUGUUGCGAUCAAAUCAUGUAAAAUAUGUUGGUUUAGCUGCUCAAGGGGAUAUGCUAGGGAGUGCUAUGGAUCAAGAUAUACCUUGUUCAGAGAAUCAUGUAGUUAGGAGAAGGCCAGCAGAGCAGGGAAUGUUACCUUUUGUUGGUGUAUUUGCAAAGAAGCAAAAGUUCAGUGAGAACACAAACCAUAUUAGGCAGUGGCCUCAGUUUACUGCACAAUAUGGCUUCAAAACUGAAACUGCUAAUGAUGGUAACAUCAAUGUUUCCAGUGCACACUAUUCUCAUAAGGAACUCACUGAACAUAAUCCAAAUGUAGAAUGUGGAAUUCAGAGCAAGAGCAGCCAUCACCUGUCCAGUACAGUUCAACAGCAGUCGACAUCCAUUGAUGGGUCAGAAGAGAAGUGGUAUGCAAGUCCCGAGGAGCUGAGUGAGGGAAUCUGCACAAUAUCAUCAAAUGUAUAUAGUCUGGGUAUUCUACUGUUUGAGUUGCUUGGUCGCUUUAAUUCGCAAAGAGAACAUGCUACAGCAAUGUCAGACCUGCGUCUCAGAAUACUUCCUCCCCAUUUUUUAUCAGAAAAUCCAAAGGAAGCUGGAUUCUGCCUCUGGUUACUUCAUCCUGAACCUUCAUCACGACCAACAACUAGGGAAAUCCUACAAUCUGAAGUGCUUAAAGGAUUGCAGGAGGUAUCUGCAAAAGAAUUGUCAUCUUCCAUUGACCAAGAUGAUACUGAAUCAGAGCUGUUAUUGCAUUUCCUUAUUCAAUUAGAAGAGCAUAAGCAGAAGCACGCCUCCAAGUUAGCAGAUGAUAUUAGGUGUGUAAAAGCAGAUAUUGAAGAGGUUGAGAGGAGGAAGUGUUCAAAGAAUACCUUGGGGACUAAAUUAUCACCUAUUUGCAGUACAAAUGAAAUGAGGUUGGCAAGCAACAUGAACCAACUUGAAAGUGCCUACUUUUCCAUGAGAACCAAAAUCCAGCUCCUUGAAACUGAUGCUACCACACACCAAGAUAGGGAAAUAUUAAGGAAUCGUGAGAACUAUCAUAUAGCAGUGGAGGGUGGAGAAAGUAAGAAUCCAAUUGAUCGUCUUGGAGCUUUUUUUGAUGGUUUGUGCAAGUAUGCCCGUUAUAGUAAGUUUGAAGUACGGGGGCUACUAAGAACUGGGGAUUUUAACAAUUCUGCAAAUGUAAUUUGCUCUUUGAGCUUUGACCGGGAUGUCGACUACUUUGCCACGGCUGGAGUAUCGAAGAAAAUAAGGAUAUUUGAGUUUAAUGCACUCUUAAAUGAUUCUGUUGAUAUUCACUAUCCAGUUAUUGAAAUGUCGAACAAAUCAAGGCUUAGCUGUAUUUCCUGGAAUAGCUACAUCAAGAAUUAUGUGGCUUCAACUGACUAUGAUGGUGUUGUAAAGUUAUGGGAUGCAAGCACUGGUCAAGGGAUUUUUCAAUAUAAUGAACAUGAAAGGAGGGCUUGGUCUGUUGACUUUUCUCAAGUAUAUCCAACAAAAUUAGCCAGUGGAAGUGAUGAUUGUUCUGUGAAGCUUUGGAGCAUUAAUGAGAAAAAUAGUUUAGACACAAUCAGGAGCAUUGCAAAUGUCUGCUGUGUUCAGUUCUCUUCUUAUUCAACUCAUUUGUUGGCAUUUGGGUCAGCAGAUUGCAGAACCUAUUGCUAUGAUCUUCGGAAUUUAAGAACACCCUGGUGUGUAUUGACUGGUCAUGACAAAGCAGUGAGCUAUGCAAAAUUCUUGGACCCUGAAACUCUGGUUACUGCAUCCACUGACAACUCCUUAAAACUUUGGGAUCUCACUAAAGCUAGUUCUACUGGCCUGUCCAGCAAUGCUUGCAGUUUAACCUUUAGUGGACACACUAAUGAGAAGAAUUUCGUGGGUUUAUCUGUUGCUGAUGGUUAUAUGGCAUGUGGUUCAGAAACAAAUGAGGUUUAUGCUUACUAUAGAUCCCUACCUAUGCCAAUCACUUCACACAAGUUUGGCUCAAUUGAUCCUAUUUCUGGGAAGGAGACGGAUGAUAGCAAUGGGCAGUUUGUUUCUAGUGUCUGCUGGAGAGGGAAAUCAGACAUGGUUGUUGCUGCUAAUUCAAAUGGGUGUAUUAAAGUGUUGCAAAUGGUUUGAAGUAAAGGGAAACGUCCUAAAUCAAUUAGGAAAUCAGAUUCUUCUUGCUUCUUUUCCAGCUCGGGAAAAUCCAGAAAUCUGGAGGCCUGCUUUAAAGUCUGAAGUUGGCAAGGUGAAACUUAUCAUCUAUUCUACAUUUUUUUGUGUGAGAUAGUAGGACUCCAGAGAGGUGAAUUACAAACUUUCAGUUAGUCACAAAUUCUGAUUCCUUAUCUCCAGUUAGAGGUGCAGGAAAUAAGAUCUGCGGGUAACAACUCCAGAAUAUUAUUUCUCACUAAGGGAAUGGGCUCUUAAUGCCUGCUUGUGAGUAUAAAACAAAGAAGAAAGAGAUCCAUAUUAGCAUUGGCGUUGGGAUGAAGGCAAUCCUGGAUAAAAGUUUAAAAAAUCUUGAAAGAGAUGUUGUUGCUGAAUGUCAAGGUCAAACAUGCAUUUGCUUCUGAUAACAAUUGUUGAAUUGGCGUGCAGUCCUUUCAGAAGAAAGCUUUGAAGCAAUGUCAACACUUCGACCAAUUCAACAAAUUCCGUAUUGUAUGCUCAGAGGAGGGGGAUGGUUGGGUGAGGGGGAAGGAGAAGGAAUUUGUGUUGUAUCCACAAGUAGGAAAGCCAGCUUUUGUAAAAUUUUUGAGAAAAAAAUCUAUAUAUAUAUAUAUAUAUAUAUAUAUAUAUAUAUAUAUAUAUAUUGUAAAUCGUGCACGUUGUGUUCUUGUUGUAUGCUAUUGAUCACGAAGUUCAAAUGGCUGAUUUAUGGAAACUUAAGGAAA